CUCUGUGCCUGGUGUCUUCCCCUGCAGAGCGAGCCUCGCAGCUGGUCGCUGCUGGAGCAGAUGGGCCUGGCGGGGGCUGACCUGGCGGCCCCCGGCGUGCAGCAGCGGCUGGAGCUGGAAAGAGAGCGGCUCAGGCGGGAGAUCCGCAAGGAGCUGAAGCUGAAGGAGGGCGCUGAGAACCUGAGGCGAGCCACCACCGACCUGGGCCGCAGCCUGGGCCCUGUGGAGCUGCUGCUGCGGGGCUCUGCUCGACGGCUUGACUUGCUGCACCAGCAGCUGCAGGAGCUGCAUGCACAUGUGGUGCUUCCUGACCCUGCAGCCGGGAGUGAUGCUUCCCAAUCCCUUGGAGAGGGCAGCACUGUCUGCUCAUCCACCAACUUGAGUCGGGUGGCUGGCCUGGAGAAACAGCUGGCCAUUGAGCUGAAGGUCAAACAGGGGGCAGAAAACAUGAUCCAGACCUACAGUAAUGGCAGCACCAAGGACAGGAAGCUGCUGUUGACGGCCCAACAGAUGCUGCAGGAUAGCAAGACCAAGAUUGACAUCAUCCGCAUGCAGAUUCGCCGUGCACUACAGGCUGGCCAGUUGGAGAGCCAGGCAGCUCUGGAUGAGGCCCAAGGAGGUCCAGACCUGGGAGUGGUAGAGCUUCGCAUUGAGGAGCUGAGACACCAUUUCAGAGUGGAGCAUGCAGUGGCAGAAGGCGCCAAGAACGUCCUGCGCCUGCUCAGCGCUUCCAAGGCCCCGGACCGCAAGGCAGUCAGCGAGGCUCAGGAGAAAUUGACUGAAUCUAACCAAAAAUUGGGCUUGCUGCGUGAGGCACUGGAGCGGCGCCUCGGGGAGCUGCCGGCAGAUCAUCCCAAGGGGCGGCUGCUUCGAGAGGAGCUCACCGUGGCCUCAUCAGCAGCCUUCAGUGCAAUUCUGCCUGGGCCCUUCCCUGCCACACACUACAGCACCUUGAGCAAGCCUGCACCACUCACAGGGACCCUGGAAGUACGAGUGGUAGGCUGCAGGAAUCUUCCAGAGACCAUCCCCUGGAACCCUUCCCCCUCAGUGGGGGCACCUGGGACCCCUGACAGCCGUACCCCUUUCCUAAGCCGCCCAGCCCGGGGCCUUUAUAGCCGAAGUGGAAGCCUUAGUGGACGGAGCAGCCUCAAGGGGGAAAUGGAGAACACAACUGAGGUCAGCACCGUGCUCAAGCUGGACAAUGCAGUGGUAGGACAGACAGCAUGGAAGCCAUGCGGCCCCAGUGCCUGGGACCAGAGCUUUACCCUGGAGCUGGAGAGGGCACGGGAGCUAGAGUUGGCUGUGUUCUGGCGGGACCAGAGGGGCCUGUGUGCGCUCAAGUUUCUGAAGCUGGAGGACUUCUUGGACAAUGAGAGGCACGAGGUGCAGCUGGACAUGGAGCCCCAGGGCUGCCUGGUGGCUGAGGUCACCUUUCGAAAUCCCAUCAUUGAGCGGAUCCCUAGGCUCCAAAGGCAGAAAAAAAUCUUCUCCAAACAGCAAGGGAAGGCAUUUCAGCGUGCCAGACAAAUGAACAUUGAUGUGGCAACUUGGGUGCGGCUGCUCCGGAGACUCAUCCCUAAUGCUGUCACCACGGGCACCUUCAGUCCCAAUGCAUCUCCAGGCUCUGAGGUCCGGCACACUGGAGAUAUAUCCAUGGAGAAGCUGAACCUUGGUGCUGACUCUGACAGCUCGUCCCAGAAGAGCCCACCAGGGCUGCCCUCCACAUUGUAUAGCUUGAGUUCUCCAACUCAUGAAUCCACCACUUCUCCAGAGCUGCCUUCAGAGACCCAGGAGACUCCAGGCCCUGGCCUGUGCAGCCCCCUGGGGAAGUCGUCCCUGAGUCUUGAGGACUUCAAGUUCCUGGCAGUGCUGGGCCGAGGUCAUUUUGGGAAGGUGCUGCUGUCUGAAUUCCGCUCCAGUGGAGAGCUCUUUGCCAUCAAAGCCUUGAAGAAAGGUGACAUUGUAGCCCGAGAUGAGGUGGAGAGCCUGAUGUGUGAGAAGCGGAUUUUGGCGGCCGUGACCAGGGCAGGACAUCCCUUCCUGGUGAACCUUUUCGGCUGUUUCCAGACCCCAGAGCACGUGUGCUUUGUGAUGGAGUACUCAGCAGGCGGAGACCUGAUGCUGCACAUCCACAGUGAUGUGUUCUCAGAGCCUCGGGCUGUCUUUGGGACCCCAUGGGUUAGGGACUUGGCGCCUGUGGAGCCAGGCUUGUGUGAUCUUGUGCGUCUCUGCAGCUUCUAUUCGGCCUGUGUGGUGCUGGGGCUGCAGUUCCUCCAUGAGCACAAGAUUGUGUACAGGGACCUGAAGUUGGACAAUUUGCUCCUGGAUACUGAGGGCUACGUCAAGAUCGCAGACUUUGGCCUCUGCAAGGAGGGGAUGGGCUAUGGAGACCGGACCAGCACAUUCUGCGGGACUCCAGAGUUCCUGGCGCCGGAAGUGCUGACAGAUACAUCCUACACGCGAGCAGUGGACUGGUGGGGACUAGGCGUGCUGCUCUAUGAGAUGCUGGUUGGCGAGUCUCCGUUCCCUGGGGACGAUGAGGAGGAGGUGUUUGACAGCAUUGUCAACGAUGAGGUUCGCUAUCCCCGCUUUCUGUCGGCAGAGGCCAUUGGCAUCAUGAGAAGGCUGCUGCGGAGGAACCCAGAGCGGAGGUUGGGAUCCACUGAACGCGACGCGGAAGACGUGAAAAAACAGCCUUUUUUUCGGACUCUGGGCUGGGACGUCCUGCUGGCUCGUCGCCUGCCCCCACCCUUCGUGCCUACGCUUUCGGGGCGCACAGACGUCAGCAACUUCGAUGAGGAGUUCACUGGAGAGUUGCCCACGCUGAGCCCUCCACGGGAUGCGCGGCCCCUCACAGCUGCGGAGCAGGCGGCCUUCCGGGAUUUCGACUUUGUGGCGGGGGGCCACCAGCCCCAAGCCCCUGCCUUGCCCAAGAGUUCUUGGUUUUUAAAAAGCCCUUUGGGGUUUGCCCCAUACAUGUAUUUUCAGCCUCUGUGUGCAAUCUGGGGCAAGCGUCCUUGAAACAGGUGACAAGCAGGCAGACUCUGGGGGACAGGACUGUGAUGGGGCUCAAUUGAAAGGUCAAGCUGGGAACAUGCAUUAGUGAGGAGCCAGGAUAGGACUCAGGGCUGUAGUGGGUAUAGGGUAUUGAGACUGUUAGUAUAGUUAGGGACCAAAAGUGAGCAGAAUGGUUCCAAGAGCCUGUUGUGGCGGCGGCAGAGACAGGAAGUGAAUCCAAAACCUCGCUGCAUUUAAGGGGAGCUCCAAUCUCAGAACUAAGGACUCAGGGUUGUGCACAUGCUCUUGGAGCUGAUGACCCGGGGAUCCCACCUCUGAUAUUUGGAACAUCCCGUGUCUACGCCAUCGUGUGCCCAAUGUUAGAAUUGUA